GUCUUCGUGAUAUGAUCUAUCUAGUCCUUGGACAGGCUUAUUUAGUGGUGUACGAGCCGUCUUUCUUAAUAAAUAGUAUUAUAAUAAUAACAACGUUUACUAUUAUAUUACUAGGAACACGUGCCGUCUGAUGAACUCAACUCUCCUCAUACAAUGCAAGAAUCCAGUUCAUCCAUUCAUCAGUUCAUCAGUCCAUUUGCAACUUCCUAUCCAAGCCCCUCUACUUCAUUCUAUCCAAGUAGCCGUCUGUGUAUACGCAGGUGCAACGGGAUCUGUUUUCAUACAAAGCCAUGGUUCAAACAUCUAUCGACCGAUAUCUCAUAUUACCCCAUCGCACACAGAAGCCACCCCGAAACGGGCCCGGGAUCCUGGACCUACCCUAUGAGAUUCGAAAGAAAAUCUAUUUUCUCGCUGGGAUUGCACGAUCAUCCCCUAUCAGCCUAAAUACGCCGCCGACGGAAGAGGAGCUCAACCAAAGUGUCGAGGAUGCGUCAGUGUCGCACCGUGGUGAUAUAGAGUCAUGGAAGGGCGAGCCGCUUCCGAUACAGUUACUUCUUGCUUGUCGAGAUAUCUCCCAGGAGGUGAGCUCGCUUUUAUACAGUCAGAAUCGAUUCUGUGUCAUCCGAACUGCACCCGGUGGACUUUCGGGCCUUGAGAAACUUCAUCCAAAUGCCAUUGCGCGCUUGCAAUUUUUGCGGGUUAUUUUGAACGAUAUGUUUCGAUAUCCAAACAAAUUGCUUUGCGGUAGCACGAUGCAGACGCGUGGCCACAAUAUAUUUAUCACAGAGUGGAAACGCUUUUGUCGCUGUCUUGCUCGAUCCAUUCCUGAAUUCCGUCUCCGGCUAUCUGUUGUCUGCGAUGUGGACAACUAUGAUCUUGCCGCAGCUGUCAUCCAGCCACUAAAAGACCUCCCAGUCUUAGCUGGAUUCUCAAUUCGAAUGUACCCCGAAUUUGAGAAUGACUAUCAUAAAAAGCUACUCCCUCUUGUGUGCAAUCUAUCCAAGGAAAUGACCAGUCGCCCGAUAUCAUCGAUGCCAGUCAGCAAGGUCAUCUGGUUCGAGAUGCCAUGGGAGAUCCGACAACGGAUUUUGGAAUUCACGGACCUGGUAGCACCCUACGAUCUUGUCUGGGUGCCCAAAUAUGGCUUUAACCCCAGCUAUGAGAUAUCGUACCCUAACCACUGCUUUGUAUGUGAUAGUGUACAGAAUAAACGCUUUGGGUUCUUACAACGAAGUGGUGUUUUCUCAUUCGAGUGUUCAUGCUGGAAAUUUCCCUUGCCUCUAUUUCUUACAAACCGGCAGAUGCACGAGGAUGCCACGCGGAUCUUUUACUCCUCCAACCAUUUCAAGGUGGCAUCGCACUCUGUUCUUCUCUGCCGGCAAUAUUGGUAUGACCUGGAAACACCAAAUGCCGUUCAUCAAUUAGUGCCAUUUGUCGACUCUGUUCCAAACCAUGCCUUAAAAUACAUCAGGUCGAUACAGUUCCUUUUAGAUCCCAUUAGUGGGUACGAGCAAUGGGACGAUACGGUGAACCGCCUUCAGCAAUUUGGAAACAGUUCUCUACUCUCUCUCACGCUCGAUCUUUCUGACAGCGAGUAUCUACGCACCCACUUUGAUGGGCACAUUACACAGGCCAUAAUUAACAAGGAAUGGCAAAGUUAUAAACGGCUUAUUCAACCUAUUAUUAAUCUUGCAAGGGACGGUCUUAAGAACUUCUUUCUAUAUUCUGCAUGGCCGGUGCAAAAGGUGGGCUUGCUACCCCUGCGGGAUGCCUGGGAAAGGAAGCUUGAGUGUAUGGUCAUGGGGAAGGACUAUGACAGCCGGAAAUGUGGGAAAUAUGCGGCACCUGGUCGGUGGUACGAGACGGACUCGAAGUUUACUGAGAGUACAAGUGAAUAGUAUUGAAGUCCAUUGCCACCACAUUCAGACUGAAGGCACACAGGGUACCGGAGUACAUACUGUAAGAGAUCCUUCCAAACGUUCUGGCUGUGUAC